ACAGACCACAGAGUUACAGAGAUAAAGUUGUGUCUUAUUUACAGCAUUUUCUGAUCAGUUGUUUUUCUCUGAACACAUACAAUAUGCUUCAACAUUUCUUUGGACUUGUUUAUCUCUCUGCAGUUUCACAGCUUGUGAGUUUCACAGGGACACAUGCUGAUGAAUGUCCUCUUCAGCUCAACCCACAGAGAGUUGUUGUGGAGUACGGCGGUUCUGUGUCAGUUAACUGUAGCACUUCUGUCACGCAUCAAGGAAUGGGAUGGGAAGCCAGUGAGGGAGCAGUGCCCAUGAGCAGAGACAAUCUGAUCACAUGGAGAGUGUCAAAUCUGACAGAAUGGGACAUACAGCCAUACUGCUACUUAAACUAUAAGAAACAGUGUCAAUUAGAGCUCCCAGUGACUGUUUACAAGACUCCAGACAGUGUGUCCAUCAGCACUGUGAAUCACACCGGACCAAUGAUGGAGGGAAACCAGUAUGAGCUUCAGUGUGACGUUCUCAAUGUGGCUCCUGUUCAGUAUCUCACUGUCAAAUGGUACAAAGGACAGACUCUGGUGGAUCAAACCAACUUCACUGACACCAUCAAGACUCCAGUGAAUGAAACAGUCACACUCAUGAUCCGUCCAGACAGAGCUGAUGAUGGAGUUCAGUACAGGUGUGAAGCAGAGCUGGAACUGGGAGCAGAAGGACCUCGACCUCCUCCUAAAGUCACAUCAGAUCCUCUCAGCAUUACUGUAUAUUAUGAACCGACCAUCAAUGAGACCAAACUGCCCUCCAGUGUGUCUGUGUUUCGUGGCUAUGAAAUGGUGCUGGUCUGUGAAGCCGAAGGAAACCCAAAACCAACAAUCAGCUGGAAUAUCAGCACAAAUAAUGCAGUUUAUAGUGAAUCUUUUACUGUAACAGAUUCAACACCAGAGGAUCUGUACUGCAUUGCAAACAAUUCUGUUGGCAGCACCAUCAGACCUGUAAAAGUGUCCGUACAAGGGACACAUGCUGCUGAAUGUCCUCUUCAGCUCAACCCACAGAGAGUUGUUGUGGAGUACGGCGGUUCUGUGUCAGUUAACUGUAACACUUCUGUCACGCAUCAAGGGAUGGGAUGGGAAGCCAGUGAGGGAGCAGUGUCCCAGAGCAAAGACAAUCUGAUCACAUGGAGAGUGUCAAAUCUGACACAAUGGGACAUAGAGCCAUACUGCUACAUAAACCAUAAUGGACAGUGUCAAUUAGAGCUCCCAAUAACUAUUUACAAGACUCCAGACAGUGUGUCCAUCAGCACUGUGAAUCACAACGGACCAAUGAUGGAGGGAAACCAGUAUGAGCUUCAGUGUGACGUUCUCAAUGUGGCUCCUGUUCAGUAUCUCACUGUCAAAUGGUACAAAGGACAGACUCUGGUGGAUCAAACCAACUUCACUGACACCACCAAGACUCCAGUGGAUAAAACAGUCACACUCAUGAUCCGUCCAAACAGAGCUGAUGAUGGAGUUCAGUACAGGUGUGAAGCAGAGCUGGAACUGGGAGCAGAAGGACCUCAACCUCCUCCUAAACUCACAUCAGAUCCUCUCAGUGUUGAAGUUUACUAUAAACCACAACACUCCAGUUCAACAGAGACCAUCAGUAUAAGCAAUGAGGUCACACUAAACUGUACAGUGAAGGCAAACCCGGCUCCUACAUACACAUGGGACUCUGAACAUCUGAAAGAGAAGAUCACCUCCUCAGUGCUCCGAUCCUCCAAACUCAGUCCAGGAAACUACACAUGUAUCGCCACAAACUCUCGGGGAAGAGACAGCAAAGUGUUUAUCGUCAAAUCUAAAGGUAGUCGUCCCACAUUCUGGACUGUUCUCAUUUUCUUCCAGUUGCUUUUUGCAUUAAUGAUUGUCAUUUAGGAGAGAAAUAGUCACAGAAGUUUUUUUUUUUUUUUUUUUCCUCCAAAAUGUGACUAAUCUGCAUGGAGUCUAUAAAAAUUCUGUAAAUUAAUGAUUUGAUAUACAUGACCAGGGAAACUGUGAUUACUGGACAUAAAAUAUUACCACAAUAAAACUGAUCUCUAACUGUUCACUUUUUGACAUUAUUGUUUGUAACAUCAGUAUUAUAGUAUAUUCUAGUUUGAUUGUUCGUCACCUUGCAAUACCUCAUUUAAAGGUACUAAGCAUUAAUCAUUCAUCGCUCAGCACAUCUGUUAAAUUUCUUCUGUACUUUGUGUGAAGUUCAGUUGUGCCACUUCCUGUCAGCAGAGUACAAAGAUUGUGAAAGCCAUUUCAACUCUGCACACGACGUUUUGGAGAACACAAGGAAAUUGUUUUGAAGAGCUAAAAAAACUUCUUUGCCGUUCAUUUUUUCUUCACUGUUAAAUGUGAAUUUGCUCAGUUAGAAUUUGUUGAAGGAAAUGAAUAUGAUUGACAGAGUCACAGUUUCCCAGUUUUUACACAUAUUCAGAGUACACACACAAGGCGUUAUAUGUGUAGAAGAACAUGUUAACGAUCUAACCAGAGUGUGAUAUGCCACAAGUCUACGUACCUUUUUGUGACAAUGGAUGGCUGUGAUGCUGUACAUGUUUUGUUUUGUUUUUCCCCCCAAAACUACCUUUUUAAGAUGUUUACAUUGUAAGUUCUGUCACUCCAGUCUGGUUUAUUCUUGGUUUUGAGACAAGAAGGCAUCUAGGCACAUCCGAAUUCAGUUUUAGCUUCACUUUUGGUCUCCGGAGAUACCAUCAUCUGAUUGAUUUUUGAAGGCAGCAUGGAUUUAUCCUUCACUCCCUCUGAUAUCCCUCAAUCCUGUGCUGUGCAUUCUGUGAAAAAAUAAAGAUGGAGUCUAAAAGUU